CCCGUUAGCCUCCGUCCAACUCUAUUAAUGGAGUUUGACGGAAACUAACGAGAGAGUGGCUAAAUGUGACAUGUUUCAGUAAGUCGAGUGACUAAAAUUGAUAUUAAAUUUUUCUGGUGACUAAACAUGACACGAUUUAGUAAUCUCAGUGACCAACUGUGCCAUUUACCCAAUUGGAUUGCAUUGCAGUAAAUAAGUGAGAUAUUAAGUCAACCUUUGACAAGUGUAGAUUCUAUCUUAAUAAUUUCAUCCAGGACAUCAAACCCUAAUUGUCUCGCAGCGAAUAUACAUAAUAAUGACAGAAGCUUCCACGCAGAAGGAGGAGGAGCACGGGUGGGAUGCUGCGGUGCUGUUCUCUAUUAAGUUUGAUGGUGCGUCGUUGUAUCAGAUGAACAUCGACAAGGACGAUGGCCAAUUGGCCGACACCGGCGCCCACCUCAACGAAAGAUGGACGUAUGGUAUGGGUUUCGCUUUGGUAAAACAGAAACUGUAUGCUUUUGGUCGUAUCCCAGGAUUAGAUUCUCUAGAUUUCUUCACCUGCGACCUCGAGUGCAAGGCGAAGCCGAACGAAUUUAAGAAGGCAGGGAAGUUGCUGGCACCUAAGACAGCCCCUAUUGUUAUUCCUUUCAAGAACAAGGAGAUCAUCAUCAUCUCCACGGGCGUCCGUCAGCCGGAAGGCUAUGUUGAUCGUCCUAAGCUUCCUUAUUGUGAGAUUUUACAUCUCCCGGACGGUGGUGCUUAUCGCCUGGAAGGUAUUAGGACCCCUUGGGACGAUACUUACGGCACUUGUUUUGGUUUUAGCCCCAUCUCCUCGGGUCACGUGGUGUUGGGGAAUGAAGUCUACGUUCAUAUGAUGGCUGGCCCUUGGGGUUUCAAGUCACGACUCUACGUUCUCAACAUGAUCACUCGCAAGUGGAGCAUCUGUCGUGAUCCCAACGGGUAUUGUUAUACUAGUGAUCGUAAUGUGGCCGUAGCACCUUUACCGCGUGCGUUGAAUCCAAUCUAUGGGUACUGGUACUCUUUCAACCAUAUAGUCAAUGAUGUGUUGUUUUCGGUGGUAGUUGAUCCUCAAUUCGAGGAUCCUAAUAAGAAGGCCAAGAAGAUUUUCAUUGGGGCGAUCAGUUUGAAGGAUUUGGCAGGGCUAAAUCACCCGGGAAACAUGGCUCAGCGUCCUGCAAGUCUCCACGAGUUUGUCCCGUCCCUAGAGAAGCUUGAACAUCUUCUUACCACCAACUACUCAGGGUAUGAAGGAGGCAAGGGAUGGGUGAUGGCUUUGGACCCUCAUGAUGAUAAGUUGUUUGCUUUAUUCCUGUGUUUCCAAGAUGAUGUUGAAUUUAAGGAUCACAUCUUGGCCUGCAAGUUUGAAUUAUUCGAAAAGCCGAAAGAUGCAGCAGCAGCUGCCUCUAAUAGAGAAUCCUCAAGUCGUGGCUAUGACUGCAAUAUCUUGUGCCAUAGUCUCUACAAACACUGCUUCCCUCACAACAUGCAACCUUUAUAUACCUUCACAGCCGCGGACUACUAUCAGCUGCUCUUGUAGACAGGCACAGCCUAUUUAUCAAUAUAUAUAUGCAUUCAGUUCUUAUUCUAUCAAUUUUCUUUCUUUCUUGUUUUGAAUUUCAAUAUAUAUGGUCUGCCUUUUACCAGUUAGCGUUCUAGAAGCUCUUCUCGUAGCUCCCCAUCCUCCAUCCAUGUAACUGCUUAAUUCAUGGAUGUAUGCUUACUUCUGUUUUUUGCUGGAAAAAAGAUGAAGGAAGCGUCUCAUCCUUGUAUUUAGCAUUGUUAUAAGAUUCAAACUGGAUUAAAGGCCGAGCCAGUAGAACCGUCAAAUCAGUUACAAUAGCGGUUCGGUUUAUUGUUUUGAUGGUUAUUGAUUGCCCAAAUGGUUUUUCACGGUUUGACUGGUCCACUGAUUCACUAUUUUAACAACAAAAAUUACUUUAACAC